AUGUCGAACGCAAAGUACACGCCUGCCCCGACGCAGGACCCCGAUGACUUUACCCAAGCGCCCCCGGGCUAUCAGGCCGAGGCGAGCUCAUCCACCAGCGCCACCCCGCUCUUCGCCGGUCCGCGCUCAAGCGAGGACAAUAUUCCCGAUGACUUCAAGUUCGGAGGAUCCGUAGCCGAAGCCACCAUCGACAUCCGCAACCAAUUCGUCCGCAAAGUCUACGCUAUCCUCUCUGCCCAACUCAUCGCGACCACCGCCCUCUCCGCCGUCUCGUUCUUCUCCACCUCGUACAAGUCGUGGAUCCAGUCCAACCCGCUCCUCCUCUGGAUCUCCGUCAUCGGGUCUUUCGUCUUCCUCGGCCUCACCUACUGGAAGCGCAAGUCGUAUCCCACGAACCUCGCCUUCCUGGCCCUGUUUACCGCUGCCGAGGCGUACACCAUCUCCGUCGUUGUGUCAUUCUAUGAUGUCUCUAUUGUGCUUAACGCACUCAUCAUCACUGCUGGCAUCUUCGUCUUCUUGACUGCUUUCGCUUGCCAGACGAAGUAUGACUUCACGAGCUGGAUCCCCUACGCUUUCGGCGCGCUCUGGGGCCUCGUCAUCUUCGGCUUCAUCUACAUCUUCCUGCCCUACUCCAAGACGGCCGAUCUUAUCUACGGCGGCGUCGCUGCUCUCAUCUUCAGCGUCUACAUCCUCAUUGACACUCAGCUCGUCAUGAGGAAGCUCCACGUCGAGGAGGAGAUCGCCGCCGCUAUCAGCUUGUACUUGGACAUCAUUAACUUGUUCCUCGCCAUUCUUCGAAUCCUUAACAACCAGAACAACUAA